UGGAGAUGGAUGGGCCUAUUAUUUGACGGUUGCUUGCAACUACGUCAGGCAAUUGAACAAGGGCCAGUCAGGCCAUGAUGGCGUCGUCCUCUAUAUCACCUCCCGGUAGUCAGAGUCAAGAGGAUUCGCUCCUGCACCACAACAACCUCUCGGCCAGACAGAUGCUCGCCGCUCAGCAACACUUUGGCAUGGCGCUGCAGCAGCAGCAGCAGCAAAAGGAUGCCAUGGCUGCCGCCGCCGCUGGGGGAGCCUGGAGCGAUGACCAGGAGGUGAUGCUGCGCAACCUGCUGGCCAACUCCAUCGACCACACGGCCUACCCUGUUGCCAUGAUGGGUGGCGCCAGUGGCGUACAUCUCAACACCUCCAACAACAACCAUGACGAGGCGCGCUAUAACAGCGUGAGCCCCGCUGCGAGCAGUUCGGGCCUGCAGAGCCUGCACGACUUUAUCCACAGCUCCAGCGGCUUCCCGACGCCACCCGAGAGCGACACGAGCGGCUACCACUCCAGCGAUGCCAACUCGCCCGAGCGGAGGGGCCACGGCCUGAGCUUUGACUUUGCAAGCAUCAUGGCCGCCGGUGGUGGCAACGGACAGCAGACAUCGCUGGACCCCAGCCAGCUCAGCUUCGACUUUGACCAGGCCAUCCAGUCUGCCCUCUCUGCUUCCCACUCGGGCACCGGCUUCAGCAGUGCUCCUCCAUCCGCAGGCCUCGAUCCGAGCCUCGUUGCAUCGACGCAGCAAUAUCCCUAUGCCUCGAUGCAGCAACAGCAGCAGCAACAACAACAACAACAAAUGCAGCAGCAGCAGCAGCAGCAGCAGCAGCAAAUGCAGCAAAUGCAGAUGCAACAACAACACACCUAUAUGCCUCCUCAGAUGGCCGUUCUGGAUACACGAAAGCGUUCAGCAGAGGAGCUCGCGGUCCGUCAGACUGGUCAGAGCGUAGUGGACCCCAGCAGAGCGACCAAGAAGACAAAGCGGCCUUCUUCAUCGUCGUCACCGCCGCCAAAGCAGCAGCAGCAGACAACACAGGAGCCGAAGAUGGAGUCGUCAGCGGCUGCUUACCUCACCCCAAGCUUCAUCCCGCGGAUGGAAGUGGGCAGCAAUGCGACGGCGCGCGCAGCCGUCGAGCGUCUCAAGGCCAAGCGCAAGGCCGAGAGCGAUGGGCGGAUCAAGCAGGAGCAGGAAGCCGCCGCUCGCCUCGAUGCAGCUACGGCCAAUGGCACGGGUCGCAAGGCUUCCGUCAAGGGAGGAUUUGAGUCGACGGCAAAUGCCACACCGGCGCAGAAGCAGCAGAAAAAGGUGGCUCACAAUGCAAUCGAGCGUCGCUACCGUAACAACAUCAACGACCGCAUCACAGCACUGAGAAACGCCGUGCCAGCGCUGCGCGAACUCCGCCCAAAGAAGCCAGGAGGUUCGCGAAAGGGCAAGGCGGCCCAGGAGCAGGACCUCGUCGACGGUGUGCCCGCCGCCACGAAGCUCAACAAGGCAACAAUCUUGGGGAAGGCCACCGACUACAUCCGCUACCUCAAGGGACGCGAGACUCGUCUCGUCUCCGAGGUCGCCGGCCUGCGCGAGCUCGUCCGCAGUCUUGAAGGCGGUGAGGAGCUGCUCGAGCUGUGGGAGGGCGAGAUGGAAAAGGUCGUGGCGGAGCAGGAGGCUCAGACCAAGGCCUCGUUUGGCGACGACAGCUUUGACAUGGGCGACGACGAAGACGAGGACGAGGACGAUGACGAAGAGGAGGAAUCUUCCAAGACUUCGCCAUCGUCGUCAUCAUCGUCGUCGCGCUACAUGAUGGGUGUAUUCAUGGGUGUCAGCGUCUUUGGUGGUGGUGUCGAGCUCGCUAGCGAGCACGUUGCCUCAUCAGCCUCUGAGCACGCUCACAACGUUGUCCGCCACACGGGCGGCCGCGUUCUCGGAGCAAGCCACCAGCUACUGAAGCGAGGCAUGGCCGCCACCCGCCUCAAUGUCGGAACAUCGUUUGAGGAACCUCACCACUACGACCACCUGCCUUCGCACCUCCUCGCCGUCGAGGUCGCUCGCGCACUUGCUCUCAUCGCCGGCCUUGUCUUCAUCUUCUGGCCCUUGAUCUCGCCCAUGAUCUUUGGAAGGAUCCGCAAGGCCAAGAAGCCGAGACGCACCGUUGUCGAGGAGAACGAGGCAGACAUCGCCAUCGAUGACCGACGACGCAAGGCCAUGCUCACCGCCUUGGCUCGCUCCAAGCCCGAUGCCCGCGAGAUGGACGCGACGAUGAGAAUCUUUGUCGGCGCACCGUCAAGGGCCAUCUGCGGUGCCGCUGCCCUCGGCAUCUUUGUUGUUGGGGAGAGCAUGAUCAAGCUCGGUCUCUCAGAGCGCAAAGUCUUCGCCUCGCCAGCCAGGGAAGCUGAGGACUCGGCUGUCUGGUGCAGACUGUUGGAGGUCGAGACGUCACUGGGCCCGUUGGCUCAAGGAAGCCUCCUCGCUCGUCUUCACACACUCCUCAAGGUCGCUACACUUCCCAACCUUGGUUCCUCGACCGAAGGUUCGCUGCUCAAUCUGGCACGUAUUCACGGAACAAUGGCAAUUGCAAUGGUGCGCGCCGCUGGCGGUCACUCGCUUGUCAUGCCCAUCGCCGAGGCGAGGUGGGAGAUGGCUCGCCGAUGCCGACUUCUGUCCAAUGACGAUGACGAAGAAGACGAGCAGCGGGCCACGUCUGAGAUCGCCCAAGCCUCCGAGCGGUGGCUUGAUGGCGUCUUGGAGCUGCCCUUUGCCGAGGCGCUGGCCAUGUGUCCGUCACCGACGGAAGUUGUCGGCGCCUUUGCGCCCAACGUCGAUGCAGCUCACCGCGCCUCGCUCAUCUCACCCAUGCUGAGCAUCGCUGCGACGCAGCAGUCAGAGCAGCUUGCCUCGAUCUGGACCACGCUUCUUGGCAGCCUCGUUCGAGGCACAUGCCCCACGGACACUCUGCGCGACGGACCUUCUGCCAGCGACUUUAUCAAGCACCACUCUAGCUUCAAGGUUCGCCUCGAUGUUGUUGAGGACGACGCGACUAUUCGGGACGGCCUGACGGCGCAGAUUGCUCGCCUGACGGCUCGCGCACCACCGCUUACGAGGAGCCGCGCACUCGCUUUCACAACCUUUGCUACAUGGGCCUUGCUUCUGGGAAAGACCGGCCUUGCUCGACAGACUGCCUUGACUCUGCUGCCGAUGAUCGAUGAGAGUGCCGCCGCGCGUAGUCUCGUCAAGCUCGUCCUCGCCGGAAACGCCGAGGUGGACGGCCUCGUCGACAUCGAGGCAAAGGAUGAUGUUGAUGCCUUGGCCGCUUCCACUCUGGGCUGGAUUCGCUUCCUUCGCCUCUUCACUCUCUCGAUGAGCGCCGACGCAGGCGAGGCUUCUAGAGUCUCCAUCGUCGAGACUUCACUCUCGAUUCGGAGAUUCUUGGCGAGCGCUCGCCCUCGGCUCACCGAAGAAGUCCGCAUCGCUGCGACUCACCGAGACUCGCUCGAUUCUACGACUUCAUCCAUCUCCUCUUCUUCGACGCCUUCGGCUUCCGCUACACCAAGCAUCCUAUCAGAUUCAACCUCGACCGCCACGCCCACUUUUGAUGUCGCGGCUCCUGCGAGUGCCGUCUACGAGCUCGAAGAGAGCAUCGAUACAUUGACAGAUAUUCUCGCCGUCCUCUGCAGGCGGGCCUCACUCUUUGGUGUCACCAAGAAGGGCGCCGUCGACUGGAAGACCGACGAUGAGGGCAGCGACUCGGGCGUCGAGUGGGCCAUCUGAUAUCUUGACUUGCCCUUUGAACAAUGUAGACUACGAUACCAUAUUUUGUUUUGC